GGCACCUUCCUUGGUUAUCAUUGUAAAAUAUUCGUCAACCUACCACAAUGCUCUGCAAACUUCUGGGCUUGGUCCUGCUGGUAGCUGCAAGCUAUGCUGAGGAAUUCGAAAACGAUAUACCCGAGAAAUGCAAGAGCAUGUCCGUCACCCCGGUAGGCUGCCCGUUCCCGUCGAGCGACGGCCUGCUCCCGCACCCGGACGCCUGCGACCUGUUCUACUACUGCCCGCCGGGCCACGUGGCGCCCAUCUGCCGGCAGUGUCCGGCCGGGCUGCACUUCAACCCGGACACGCAUGUGUGCGAUCAUCCGGACCGCUCUGGAUGCCGUAAAUAGUUUGACAAUCUAUAAUUGGUCAAGCAAAUCUUGUCAGUAGAAAAAGGCGCGAAAUUCAAACUUUCUUGAUAUAACCCUUCGCGCCUACAUUUUUAAAUUUGCCGCCUUUUUCUACUGACAAGAUUUG